UAUAACACUGUCAGGAAAUGUUGUUUUUCCUGCAGGACGGUGAUCAAACACACCAAAGCUCUGGAUCCAACCCGACCCGUCACUUACAUCACAGACAGCAACUACGCCAGAGACAAAGGGGCUCCCUUUGUGGACGUCAUCUGUGUGAACAGUUACUUCUCCUGGUACCACGACUCAGGACACCUGGAGGUCAUCCCCAUCCAGCUCAACACCCAGUUCGAGAACUGGUACGGGAAGUACCAGAAACCCAUCAUCCAGAGUGAAUACGGAGCAGACGCCGUGCCGGGGCUUCACAAUGAUCCACCCAUGAUGUUUUCCGAGGAGUACCAGAAGGUGGUCCUGCAGAGCUACCACGACGUGUUCGACCAGAAGAGGAAGCAGUACGUCGUCGGUGAACUCAUCUGGAACUUUGCCGACUUCAUGACUGCACAAGGGAUCACGCGUGUGGUGGGAAACAAGAAGGGUGUUUUCACCAGGCAGAGGCAGCCCAAAGCAGCUGCAUUCAUCCUGAAGGAGAGGUACUGGAGGCUGGCCAACCAAACGCACAGACUGCCUCCUUGGACCAAGUACCCCUGCCCUCUCUGAUACCACACCAGCACACGCUCAAGCACACGCUCAAGCACACGCUCAAGCACACGCUCAAGCACACGCUCAAGCACACGCAAACACGCUCGUGGAAAAAUUUCAGUGUGUGCACAUAUAGGACCAAACCUCCAUGGGAACAUAAUUUACUUAUGACUUCCUGUAGUCUGCAGAUAUAAAUUAAACUUCCAGUCUGGAACAUUUCUAAGAUGUAAAAGUAAUUUUUGAUGCUGAUUAAAAAUUGGUGCUGCGUUCGCAUGGAUUUAGGUCAAAGGAAACCGGAUAUUUUAGUGGAUUAGAGCAGGACGAAAGAUGAUAGCAGCCUUUUGUUUUCUUUUUCUUCCUAACUGCACGUUACAGUGACAUUUAAGGGUCACUGAACUGAUAAUGACAGUAAGUCUGUGAUGCCAUGACAGUGCGGAUUUUCUGAGAUGGUUAUCGUACCAUGAAAAUCUCAAAGUGUUGCAACCUGAGAAAAUUAAUUUCUUUCAAAAAU